UAAAAGAAAGGGGAAGUCUGUCAGACACACUUGAGAGCUUAGAAACUUGCUACGCGAGGCUACAUUUUCUAAAUCAUGGGCAAACUGUCUGUCUUUUUGUUUGUUCUUUCCUUUUGCACCAUUGUCAACUCAGGUUCAGGAUCACAUUCUCUGUGGGCACUUGCAACAUAUAUCAACGGAGAGACGCCUUUCCCUGAGUUUACGGUUGUGGGGAUGUUGGAUGACAUUCAAGUGACUUACUAUGACUCCAACAUGAAACACUUCAUCUACAGGGGUCAUAACACCUCAGACAAAAUACAUGAUGACGAAGCUAAGAACGGAGAUUUUGUAUUUGGAGUUAUGUACCACCACAUGAAGGAGAGAUACUUUCACCUAAAGCACCACUUGAAUCUCACGGAAGGUGUUCAAGUUCAGCAAAGAAUGGCUGGCUGUGAGAUGUUGGACAAUGGUGAACCAGCCCUGAUCAUGACAAAGAACACUUUCAAUGCAGUUUUUGUAGAUCAUGCAAUAUAUUACAACAUGACACAUUUUACAUACGAUGCUGGUCAACUACUGCAAGGAUGGGAUGGGAUGAGACAAGCACAGGAAAAAAUUCUGUAUGAGAAUGUUUUACUUACCCUUUGCAUCAGAACACUGAAGACAAUCCUGAAGAGAGAGAAGAACUUUGUGAUGCGUAAAGUUCCUCCCAGACUCAGGUUGAUAAAGAAAGAGGUUUCUGGAGAGUUUCAGGUGAGCUGUCUGGCGUUUGGUUUCUACCCUCGCCACAUCAACCUGACCCUGCUGAGAGACGGCCAGCCAGUGGCAGAACAGGAGCUGACAGGGGGGGAGGUGCUGCCUAGUGGAGAUGGGACCUACCAGCUGAGGAAGAGUCUGGAGGUCAGUACUGAGGAGCUAAAGAAGAGACACAACUACACCUGCACUGCCUCUCACCUCAGUCUAGACAACAAGCUGGAUGUCAGUUGGGAGUCUGGGGCAGAGAGAGUUCACCUAUCCACCCUCUCAGUUCUACUGGUGAUGCUGCUGGUUGUUAUUCUAUUCAGCAUUUUCAUUUGUGUCAAAAGGAGGUGUAGAUGCACUGCCUCACAGUCUAAACUGGUCAACGUUGAUGCAACAGUGUCAGAGAAAACAAACCUUUCUUCAGAUUCUGAGACCUAAUACAUUGUUGGGACACUGAUGCAGCUUUGUCAAUUCAGCUCAAUUCACAAUGAAAAUAUGACUGCCAGAGCACAUUUGAGGGAAGACACAAAAUGUUCAACAGAUUCUGAUAUUGUUGGCCAAUCUUCCCUUCCCCUCAACAAAGGAUGUAAAGGAUCAGUUUUGGUUGACAAUAACAAAUAUCUGGACAUUAGUCCAGAUCUGUCAUUUCUAAUCAUGACUAUUCAUUAAUUUCACAAUGUACUAUAUCUGUUCUGUAUUAGCUGAAAUCCAGUAUCUUACCCAGAAGGAGAUCAUGUGAUCAUGUGUAUGAGGUCUGUUUGUUAUUGGAAAGACUUUACAGUGUCUGUGUUGUAUUGUAUUUAGUGUUUGUUACCCCCAGGCUGUACAGUAAUACCUUUAUUACAGACAAUAACAUGUUCAAUCAUUUAUUACUGCAUUGAUUCAUGUUAACUAUGUCAUUCAUUUAUGUUAAUUAUAUACCAUAACUUCUCUCAGGAACUAGUUUAUCUCUGUGGAAGGAAGAAA